UUUCUGCAUUCUCUGCCAAGCCAACCAACAGACAGGAUAAAUAAUGUCAACACUCAGUUACCCUCAGUGACAGCUGCGGGGCGGCCCUCGUGGCCGGGAUGCCACUGUGUGCCUUGCCAGUCCACAGUGGACGGUGAGGGGCAAGAGGAGGGGACCGAGUGUAGGACACUGAGAGGAGGCGGUCCACACCAAACAGGAGACAUGAACCUCUGCUGGAACGAGAUCAAACGCAAGUCCCACAACAUUCGGGUGCGGCUAGAGGCCUUCUCUGACAACAGCGGGAAGCUGCAGCUCUCUCUGCAGGAGAUCAUAGAAUGGCUGACAGCCAAGGACGAAGAGCUGUCGGAACAGCUGCCGAUAGGAGGCGACGUGGGGGCCGUCCAACACCAGAGGGAGUUCCACCAGGCAUUCAUGGAGGAUGUCAAGUCUCGCGGGCCGUUCAUCUACUCAGUCUUGGAGUCUGCCCAGGCCUUUCUGGCUCAGCACCCCUUCCAGGAACCAGAGGAGACCCUGACUGAUGGAAAAGAGGCGUCUCCACGACGGCGGAUCUUGAAUGUGAGCCGCUCGGUAUGGAAGCAGGCAAAUGUGGCCAGUGACCUGUGGGAAAAGCUGACAGCGCGCUGUGUGGACCGCCAUAGACACAUGGAGAGGACGUUGGAGCGUUUACUCCAGAUCCAGGCAGCGAUGGAGGAGCUGGCAGUGGCCCUGGAGCAGGCAGAGGGGGUGAGAGAUGCCUGGGAGCCUGUCGGAGACCUCUUCAUUGACUCUCUGCAGGACCACAUAGACGCUACCAAGUUAUUUAAGGAGGAGCUGACCCAGGUGAAGGAGGGCAUGAAGCACAUCAAUGAUCUGGCCCACCAGCUGGCUAUCUCUGAUGUACAUUUGUCGAUGGAGAAUGCCCGUGCCCUGGAGCAUCUUAACAGCAGAUGGAAAGUGCUUCAGGGUUCCAUAGAGGAGCGGCUGAAGCAGCUCCAGGAUGCACACAGAGACUUUGGCCCCGGAUCGCAGCACUUCCUUUCUAGUUCAGUGCAGAUACCAUGGGAGCGUGCUAUCUCCCCAAACAAAGUGCCCUACUACAUCAACCAUCAGGCCCAGACAACGUGCUGGGACCAUCCAAAGAUGACAGAACUGUACCAAGCACUGGCGGAUCUGAACAACAUCAAGUUCUCAGCAUACAGAACAGCUAUGAAGCUGCGGCGAGUUCAGAAGACUUUGAGAUUGGAUUUAGUGGCGCUGAGCAGCCUCGGGGAGGUGUUUCGGGAGCAGGAGCUCCAGCAGGUGGAGCAUGUGAUGGAUGUGGUGGAGGUGAUCCAUGGCCUGACGGCUCUGUACGAGAGGCUGGAGGAGGAGCGGUCUAUCCUCGUCAACAUUCCACUUUGCGUUGACAUGUGUCUAAACUGGCUGCUCAAUGUCUAUGACAGUGCUCGGAACGGAAAAAUACGUGUUCUCAGCUUCAAGAUGGGAUUGGUGAGCUUGUGCAAUGUAGACGUCCAGGAGAAGUACAAAUAUUUAUUCCGUCAGGUGUCUGGUCCUGGAGGUUUGACAGACCAGCGUCACCUCAGCAUGCUGCUCCAUGAGGCCAUCCAGAUCCCCCGCCAGCUGGGUGAAGUUGCUGCUUUUGGGGGCAGUAACGUAGAGCCUAGUGUUCGUAGCUGCUUCCGCAUGGCUCCAGGGAAACCUGCCAUUGAGGUGCCUCACUUCCUGGAGUGGAUGAGCCUGGAGCCCCAGUCGAUGGUGUGGCUGCCUGUGCUCCACCGUGUGGCUGCUGCAGAGUCAACCAAGCACCAGGCCAAAUGCUAUGUCUGCAAACAGUUUCCCAUCAAGGGCUUCAGGUAUCGCAGUCUGAAGCAGUUCAAUGUGGACAUCUGCCAGACAUGUUUUCUAACCGGCCGCACUACCAAAGGAAAGAAGCUGCACUACCCCAUCAUGGAGUACUACACCCCAACAACCUCGGGAGAGAAGAUGAGGGACUUUGCCAAGACUCUGAAGAAUAAGUUCAGGUCAAAGCAGUACUUCACCAAGCACCCUCAAAGAGGUUACCUGCCGGUGCAAUCUGUGCUGGAAGCUGAGAGCUCUGAGACGCCGUGCUCCUCACCGAAGCUGCCCCAUGCGGACACACACAGCAGAAUUGAACAUUAUGCCAGCCGAUUGGCAGAAAUGGAGAGCCAGAAUUGUUCAUUCUUCACGGAUAGCCUGUCUCCUGAUGAAAGUCUGGAUGAAGAUCAGUACCUCCUACGUCACUCCAGCCCAGCCCUGGACCAUGACUCACCCUGUGGACAGCACAUGCUACUGGCCCACCUGGAGCACCAGGACAAGGAGCAGCUCCAAUGCACCCUGGCCCGGCUGGAGAAUGAGAACAGGGUGCUGCAGGGAGAGUACAGGCGGCUCAAGUGGAAGCAUGAGGAAGCGGCGUCAGUUCCAAUGCUGACUGAGCAUGGAGAAGGAGGGCCGGGUUCACCCACAGCAGAAGGUCAGCAGGAUGAGGAGCUACUGGCUGAGGCACGGGUCCUCAGGCAACAUAAGACGCGCCUGGAGACCCGUAUGCAGAUCCUGGAGGACCACAAUAAACAGCUGGAGUCCCAGCUGCGCAGGCUCAGGGAGCUACUGCUACAGCCCAAAGAUGAUUCGGAAGCCAACGGAUCUGAACCGUCUACCCUGUCUUCUCCUGUGUCUGGAGGGGGUCACCACGGGGAGCCGGCCAGCAGAGAGACCACUGACACUGAAGCAGCAGGAGAUGAUAUGGAGCACGAGCAGGACACCGUGCUGCAGCUCCAGGAGGUCAUCGAACAGCUGAGAAAUGUCUUCCCUUCAGAACCGGGCACCACCUCACACAUCUAACCCCAAGUGGGCCCGGAGGGGCAGUGUGAAAGCCUGAAAGGAUGCCUGAUGGCAGAGGGAGGAGCUCCAUACGGCUGAGGUCAGGCCACAGUACACCAGGCCCUGCGACCACUGCAGCAGCUAUGAUACCCAGAGUUAACCCUCCACUGGAACUCUGUGCACUAAAAGCCUUUUAGUUUAACUGCUAAAGGCUCACGCUGAUGUCCGUUUGGCAAGGCUGUGCUUGAUAACUUCAGUGGCGCUGCCUGACACCAUGUUAACGAGCCAAAGGAAACUAAUGUUAGCAGCAGGUCAGGGAGAGACUCAAGUAAAGGAAAACGCCUAGCCAAGACACUGUGCUUAUCAGUAUCUGUGUAGUUGUUCGGAGGUGUGAAGCUUUAUAACAGUCCACAGCACAAAUUGGACCUUCUGUGAAAGGAACUUUAAAAAAUGCAAAAAGGAAAAGGAAGGAUAUCCCCUGGUUUUGUCAGAAUGCCUG